UGACUUGGACGGUGAUGAUUGGUGCUUAUGCUGAUUGCAAUGCCUAUGAGUCAUUGGUGUUGUUUGAUAGGAUGAGGGAAGAAGGGGUUGUUCCUGACAAGGUUGCUAUGGUGACUGUUGUCAAUGCAUGUGCCAAACUGGGGGCUAUGCAUAGGGCUAGGUUCGUUAAUGAAUAUAUUUUGAGAAACGGUUUCUCUAUGGAUGUGAUCCUGGGGACUGCAAUGAUUGAUAUGUAUGCAAAGUGUGGAAGUGUUGAGUCUGCAAGAGAGGUUUUUGAUAGGAUGAAAGAAAAAAAUGUUAUUUCUUGGAGUGCUAUGAUUGCUGCAUAUGGUUAUCACGGGAGGGGGAAGGAAGCAAUUGAUUUAUUUCAUAUGAUGUUGAGCUGCGCAAUAUUUCCGAAUAGGGUCACCUUUGUCUCCCUCUUACAUGCUUGUAGCCAUGCAGGACUGACUGAAGAGGGUCUUCGCUUUUUCAACUUGAUGUGGGAAGAGCAUGCUGUUAGGCCUGACGUCAAACACUAUACCUGUAUGGUUGAUCUUCUGGGCCGUGCGGGGAGGCUUGAAGAGGCUGUAAAAUUGAUUGAGGCCAUGACUAUUGAAAAAGAUGAGAGGCUGUGGAGUGCUUUGCUUGGGGCAUGUAGAAUUCAUGGGAACAUGGAGUUAGCAGAAAAAGCAGCCAAUUCUCUACUUGAACUACAGCCACAAAAUCCAGGGCACUAUGUAUUACUAGCUAAUAUUUAUGCUAAAGCUGGUAAGUGGGAAAAAGUUGCAACAUUUAGGGAUAUGAUGACUCAAAGGAAGCUGAAGAAAGUUCCUGGGUGGACAUGGAUUGAAGUGGAUAACAAAACAUAUCAGUUUAGUGUUGGAGAUAGAUCCCAUCCUCAAUCAAAGGAGAUCUAUGAAAUGUUGAUGAGUUUAAUUAAGAAGUUGGAAAUGGCUGGCUAUGUACCUGAUAUAGAUUUUGUGUUGAAAGAUGUUGAAGAAGAAGCUAAGAAAGAAAUGUUGUACGCACAUAGUGAAAAGUUAGCCAUUGCAUUUGGCUUAAUUGCCAUCCCUGAGGGUGAACCCAUUAGGAUCUCCAAAAAUCUGAGGGUCUGUGGUGAUUGUCACACGUUUAGUAAGAUGGUUUCGGCUCUUAUGAGAAGGUCCAUAAUUGUUCGGGAUGCAAAUCGCUUUCACCAUUUUAGUGAUGGAACUUGUUCAUGUGGGGACUACUGGUAGCAUGAUGACAGUGUACAGGUCAAUCUUGUGUCCAACUAUUGCAUAUGCUUACCAAGUACCAAAAAUAUGUGAUGAGUUUCAAAUGUAAUUACUGACUACAACAGACGGGUACUUGGUAAGUUUCGAGGCCAUAUUGACCUUUUUCAGGUAUGAGUAGAUUAUUUUGGGCAAUAUAC